CCGUUUGCAGAAGGACACGCGUGUUUAUUUUGCAAUUUUAUCCACUGUUUUAUUUUGUAAAUUACUAGCGAAAAUGCGUAAAAAAGGACGCCGCAAUAAGAGUAAAGUGAAAGUGGACACACCCGUGUUCGAAGAAUCGACCGCGGUCAAGAAUGCACCGCACACGUACGUCAUUCACCGGGGUGAAAGGUGCUCCUCAGUGGUAUCUCUAUCCCGUGAUUUUCGUCGGAUGAUGGAACCCUUCACGGCUAGUGCACUGCGCGAACGACGUGUUAACAAGAUAAAGGAUUUUGUUCACCUGUCUGGAUUCUUUCACGUUUCCCACAUGUGUCUAUUCUCGCUGUCGCCGCAGACCCUAUCGCUCAAGAUCAUCCGCAUGCCGAAGGGACCGACACUGACCUUCCGGGUAACACAAUACACUCUAGCCAAGGACGUGAUUAGCAUGUCGAAAAAACAGUUCGUGGACGAGGAAAGCUUCCACACUCCUCCGCUGGUUAUCCUGAACAGUUUCAGCGGCGAAGGCAAGCAUCUCAAACUAAUGGCCUCAACCUUCCAGAACAUGUUCCCGGCGAUAAAUCUAUCAACGGUAAAGUUAUCGUCCCUGAAGCGAUGCGUUCUUCUCUCGUACAACCCGGUUUCAAAACUGAUUGACUUACGUCACUAUUCCGUUACUGUGGUGCCGGUGAACUUGAACAAAGGAGUCAAGAAGGUCGUAACCCGAAACAUCCCCAACAUGUCCAAAUUUGACGACAUUGCCGAUUUCGUUGAGAAAGGUCACCUGCUGUCGGACUCCGAAUUCGACGACGAAGAAACACACGUGAUGCUACCUCAAAAUCUUCGACGGGGCAACCUGGCGGACAACAAAUCGGCGCUGCGAUUGCACGAAAUCGGACCACGCGUGACGAUGCGCUUGAUGAAGGUAGAGGAAGAUUUGCUGACGGGUGAAGUCCUGUAUCACGACUACAUCCAGAAGAAUGCCGUCGAAGUGGAGGAACUGCGUAAAAAGCGUGCCGCGAAAAAGCGUCUGAAGGAACAACGCAAACAGAAACAGGAGGAAAAUAAGAAAAAGAAGGACAUUAAAAAGGUCGAACACAAGGCGAAGAGUGGAAGUAUAACCGAUCGGGACAAACAGUUGCUGAAGGAUGCAGAGGAAGCCAUUGGGGAUCAGUCGGAUGAGGACGAUACCCGCUACUACAAGGAAGCGAUCGGAGAGGCUCCGGAAAAGGAAUUGUUCGAUGGACAGAGCGGUACCAGAAAGAGGCCUUUCAUUCCGAAGGGGGCAAAUUAUUCGCUGAAACCGAAGAAGCCAAGGCUCGAUAAGAAGAAGGACUAUGACGAUGAUGAAAGGGACGAUCGAAGAGGAGGCGGUAGGAAGGGCAAAGGUGGCUUUAAGGGAAAAGGCGGGUCGGCCACUAAGAAGGGUGGUAAGUUUUCGGGGAAGAAGAUUGGAGGAGAGUAUAAGGGAAAAUCAAAGUACGACGGAAAAAUCAAGAAGUCGGACGGAAAAGGCAAAGGUAAGUCGAACUUCAAAGGUGGUAAAAAGAAGUAGAAUGAGAUGUGGGUUCGAAAAUAGAACGCAGUUUAAUUCA